GGCAAAUAUACCAGGUUAGGUUAUAAGCACGAGGUCCAUCGCAGGGAGCACAACACGAAGAGUUUCACUUCAUAUACUGUUAUACUCAGCCUCUUCAACAGCCCGCAUUGCAGGGAUGACUCUGCCCAUCUCAAAGCUACAACAGGGCGCGGAGGUAAUCAAUCCAGGAAACGAUUACAAGAUCAUUCUCCGCAACGACAUCCCCGUUUCAGACCCAGGGAGCAAUGAAGUUCUGGUCAAAUUAACCUGUACUGGUCUCUGCCACUCCGAAGUCCGCGCCGUGCUAGGCUGGAGCUCAUACUGCUCGAUCAUCGGCCACGAAGGGAUAGGAACAAUCGUGAAAACAGGCCCGGGCGUUGCAGAAUCCGCAGCACUCGGUCAGCGUGUCGGUGUCAAGUGGCUCUACAGCGCAUGCAACGCAUGCUCCGUCUGCCAGCGCGGGUACCAGCAUAAUUGCCCGCGGCAAGUCAACACUAGUCGCCAUGUCCCCGGGACACUCCAGCAGUAUGUCGUAGCGGAUGCGCGGUUCCUCACGAGGAUUCCCGAUGGGGUAUCCGAUGAGGUUGCUGCGCCGCUUCUCUGCGCCGGGCUAACGAUGGCUGGUGCGCUGUCGAAACUUGAUAAUGUUCUGGAACAGGGAGACUUUAUUGUGAUUUCAGGUUCUGGUGGUGGGCUGGGUCACAUCGGAGUGCAGAUUGCUGCUCGGAUCAAGAAGCUCCGCGUCAUUGCCGUUGACGCGGGCGAGGAGAAAAGGAAGCUGAGUCUGAGUUCCGGGGCUGAGGUCUUUAUCGAUUAUCGGGACGAGGAUGUCGCGGCCAGAGUCCAUGAGAUAACGGGAGAAGGCGCGCAUGCAACAAUAGUGGUCCCAGGUACCAGAGAAGCCUUCGCGAUGGCUCCAAACGUGGUUAGGAAUAUGGGAUUGAUUGUCUGUGUCGGAUUGCCGCCGAAUGAUAUGGAUUUGCCCAUCUCAGCAACCGCAUGUGCGGCGAGAGGUAUCUCAAUCAUCGGCUCAUCCGUCGGCACUGAAGACCAGAUGGGCGAGCUUUUACAACAGGCUGCAACAGGACAUAUCACUCCCUCGAUCCAGACUUUUGAUUUCUCGCAUACGCCGGCUCUUAUCAACGGGUUGAAAGAUGAUGCAAUCACAGGGCGAGCUGUUGUUAGGAUUCCACCGUAACUUCCGUCUUCAGCAGCAUACUGCAUGUCUGAUGUGUCUUCAACUUGAUAUAUGCCGUGAAGCAGUAAUCUAGCUAUUAGAAUUCAAUUAUAUCGUCGAAGCAUCUAUCAGGUAAUAAGAAAGUAAUUUAGCGCAGAUUAGCACUCCAAAGUAUUCGC